AUGGCACCCUCGGCAAUAGUGGACUCAGCCCCCGCCUCUCCAACCAUCAACGGGGAUCGGCCCCGAAUUCUGGUCCCGGAAAAGGUCUCACCUGAUGGCCUGGCCAUGCUCACCGGCCUUUACGAUGUCGAUAAAAGACAAGGGCUCUCGGCCGAGGAGCUUGUUGAGAUCAUCCCAAACUACCACGGCCUGAUCGUCCGCUCCGAGACCAAGGUGACAGCUCAGGUGCUUUCUGCAGCCGCAAAGCUGCGCGUGGUUGCCAGGGCCGGCGUGGGCGUUGACAACAUCAACGUCGACGCUGCCACCAAGCAAGGCAUCAUCGUCGUAAACUCGCCUGCGGGAAACAUUGUCGCUGCGGCUGAGCAUACUGUCGCGCUGCUUCUCGCUACGGCUCGCCACGUAGGCAGGGCUGACAGUACCCUCAAACAACGCAAGUGGGAGCGCAGCAAGCUUGUCGGUGUUGAGGUUGGUCGCAAGACUCUCGGUGUUAUCGGGCUGGGAAAGGUGGGCAUCAGGGUGGCGCGCAUGGCUACGGGCCUGGGAAUGAAGGUCAUAGCCCUGGAUCCGUACGCGAGUGAGGACCUUGCCAAGCAGGCGCAGGUCAAGUUGGUCAGUUCACUGGAGGAGUUGUUGCCAGCCGUCGACUUUUUGACCAUCCACACCCCGUUGCUCGCCAGCACACUCAAUCUACUUGGAGAGGCAGAGUUCCAGAAGAUGAAGCCGACAUCGCGAGUGCUCAAUGUGGCCAGGGGAGGAGUUUAUAACGAGGAUGCGCUGAUCCGCGCGCUGGACGAAGGCUGGAUCGCGGGAGCUGGCAUUGACGUCUUUACAUCGGAACCUCCGGAGCCCGAGUCCUCUGCGGCAAGACUGGCGGCGCACCCAAAGGUUGUAGCAACGCCGCAUCUCGGAGCAUCGACUGUCGAAGCCCAAGAGAACGUUUCGCUUGAUGUAUGCGCGCAGGUGCUGGAGAUAUUGCGAGGCGGGCUCCCCACAGCUGCAGUAAACGCACCCCUUAUCCUGCCAGAGGAAUACCGCAAGCUGCAACUGUUUGUACGCCUCGUCGAAAGAAUGGGAGGACUCUACACGCAGCAUUUCGCCGGAUCUAAAGGCCGCACGACGGGUAGUCGACGUUUUGAGCUCAACUACCAAGGCGAGCUGGCGUCCGUCUCAAACACACGCCCUCUCUUUGCGGCUCUGGUCAAAGGCUUGGUGUCUAGUAUCAGUGACUCGGGCGGCCAGGACGUGAAUAUCGUCAACGCCAUGCUCAUUGCCAAGGACAAGGGGAUCGCGGUGAACGAGACGCACACGCGAGAGUCCAGUGACCAGGCAUAUGCCAGUCUUGUUACCCUCCGAGUUAGUGGCGCCGGUGAUGAAGAUCAGCAUGUGAUUGAGGGAUAUGUUAGUGGGCAGAAUGUCUACAUCAGCAGACUGGGCCGCUUCAAUGCCAACUUCACCCCUGAGGGUAUGAUGCUCAUCUUGCACAACUACGACGAGCCUGGAAAGAUUGGCAACGUCGGUAGCGUCCUGGGCAGGCACUCUAUCAACAUCCGCUUCAUGCAGGUGGCAGGUCUUGCUCUACACGACCAGCAGAAAGAGCAAGUCAGUAGUAAUCGGGACCGUGUUGGUGAACAUGAGAACGAAGCGCUCAUGAUACUUGGAGUUGAUGGAGAGAUCACCAAGGAGGUGCUGAAUGAUCUCAGCCAGGCCGAAGGUAUUCUCAAUGUAAGUCUCGUGCGGCUAUAA